CCGAGCCGCCCCCUACGCCCACCCCCAGCACCAGGGGCUGGGGCAGGAGUGCAGGUGUAGGGAGGAGACGGGGGCAUUGGGUGGAGGUGGUGCGCACAUCCUCGGCAGCCCGAUGCUGUUCGUCCCGUUCACGGUACCCACCUUCCCCGCGACGCAUCAUCAGACGACUCAUCCCGCGCAUCAGUCGCAUCAUCAACAGCUGCAGGCCAACACCCAGAAUCCGGUGCAGCAACCGCAGCAGCUCACCCAGCUGAAUCAGCUGAGCCAUUUGAAUCAUCAGGGCAUCGUGCCGGCAACGACCAACCAACCGACUAUACACAGCACCAGCUGUUCGCCGCAGCAACAAGCAACGACACCGAAUAAGCAACAGAGCGUCAUUAACUAA